AUGUCUCAAUCUCGUCCGGUGGCGCCGUUAUCGACAAUUCUUAGGGCGAAAAUUAGGCAACCGCAAUUUUACUGGUUUUUGGGCCACUUGUUGACGCUGUACCAUUUCGUCAGAUACAGUGUGUCAUUUUCGGCAAGGUCGAUCGGCCACCAUUACUCGCGCGCGCUGCUGUUUAUUACAAUAACGUAUGGGAUAGUACUGUACCAGUUCUACAAGUCGGGCCAACUGACGAUUGCGAACGCACGGCAACAGCUGCGGACGCUGGACAAUUUACAAUAUUUCACGGUGGCGUUGGUAUUGUACGUGUGUGCGAACGCGCAUGUGGUGAAAGGGGCACUGACAGCGCCUGCGAUUUUCUCGCUGUUCCAUUCGUUGAACUACUUCAAGGACAAUCUGUUGCCGUUCUUGCCGUUUAGUCCUGUGCUGAAGACAGCUGCGGCGGACCGAGUGACGUUUUUCAUCACGCAGUACAAUGAGAAGUUUUUGAUGGUGGCACAGAACAUCGAGAUCGUAACUGCAUUUCCCUGCAUGCUGAUGUUGCCACUGACAUACAUAAAGCUGCUAGUGAGGUUCAGCGGAGCACAGGUUUUGCAUGCUUUGAGUGUGGGGGCAUAUCUAAGCUUUUUCAAGCUUAGAUACACACAGAACCCGCAGAUGCGGCAGUUGUUGCAUGCGCAGUACGUGGGACCGGCGGACGCGAUGGUGCAAGCGCGGUUCCCACAACUGAUGCACAGAUGGCAAUCGGUGAAGCAUCUGGUGGGGCUGGUGUUUGGGCUGAUCCCGAUAUAG